CAAUGAGGAUCACGACGAGAGAUCUCGCGUCCGCUCAUCUCCUAGGGUUUGUUCUUCUGAGCAUCUUUGCGGCAGACGGAGCUCUGAGCAUUAGGUUGCCUGAACGUAUUCCUGUGGGCGUGAAUGCUCCCUCGAAUCAGCCUUUGAAGACGGCGGGUUUCGCCCUAGGGAGCUUUUGGAGGUCUGAAGCUGUGUUCGGAUGCUUGAAUGGCGUUGUGCGGACCACCGCCGGUUACGCUGGAGGAACUAAAUCCAAUCCUGAAUUUAGAAGCUUAGGAAACCACGCCGAAUCCGUUCAGAUUGAAUAUGAUCCCAAGUUGAUUCAUUUCAGGCAACUUUUGGAGGUCUUUUGGUCUAAUCAUGAUUCUAGGCAAUUAUUUGGCCAAGGUCCUGAUGUGGGUUCUCAGUACAGGUCAAUAAUCUUCACUAAUGGAACUGAAGAAGUAAGAUUGGCUGCUCUGAGCAAAGAAAGGGAACAAACCAAAUCAAGGAGCAGUAUUGUGACUACAGACAUUCAGCAAUUGGGAACUUUUUAUCCUGCUGAGCCAGAACAUCAGAAAUUUGAGCUCAAGAGAAAUCCCUUCCUCCUCCAGCUUAUUGGGAAUAUGCCAGAGGAGGAACUUGCGAAAUCAAGUCUAGCAGCAAAACUUAAUGGCUAUGCAGCGGAGCUUUGCCCAUUGAAGAGCCAAAGGCAGAUUGAUGCCAAGAUCAAUGAAAUCCUAAGGAAAGGUUGGCCCGUCUUGAGAGAAGUCUAGUUUUGAAUUCGUUGGAUCUGUACACAUUCAACUGGUGAGUG